GCACAGCCGGGGUCCCGGUGCAGGAUCCCCCGCGGACGGGAAGGGGCGGUGGUGGCGCCGUGGCCGCGCGGACCGAGCUCCUGGCUCGGGCAGGUCGCACCUGCAGGGCAGCAGCCAUGAGCCUGGUGGCCUGUGAGUGCCCCCCUGGCCCCGGGCAGGAGCCUGAGCCCUGCUCGCGAGCACCAUCCCAGGCCCGCAUGUACCUGGAGCAGAUUCGCAACCGGGUGGCUCCGGGGCCACCUGACGUGACCAAGCGCGACUACCUGGUGGAUGCAGCCACGCAGAUCCGGCUGGCCCUGGAGCGCGAUGUCAGCGAGGACUACGAGGCAGCCUUCAACCACUACCAGAACAGCGUGGACGUCCUGCUGCGAGGCGUGCACGUGGACCCCAACAAGGAGCGAUGCGAGGCUGUAAAGCUGAAAAUCACCAAGUACCUGCGGCGGGCAGAGGAGAUCUUCAACUGCCACCUGCAGAGGACCCUGGGCAGCGGAGCCAGCCCUGGCACGGGUUUCAGCAGCCUGAGGCUCCGGCCCAUCCGCACACUGAGCUCUGCCCUGGAGCAGCUGAGGGGCUGCAGGGUGGUUGGGGUCAUCGAGAAGGUGCAGCUGGUCCAGGACCCAGCGACUGGAGGGACCUUCGUGGUGAAGAGCCUGUCCAGGUGUCACACGGCGAGCCGGGAGCGGCUGACCAUCAUCCCGCACGGGGUCCCCUACAUGACCAAGCUGCUGCGGUACUUUGUCAGCGAGGACUCCAUCUUCCUGCACCUGGAGCACGUGCAAGGAGGCACGCUCUGGUCCCACCUGCUCUCCCAGGCACGCCCCCAGCAGUCUGGCCUCAGGUCUGGCUCCAGCCUGGAGAGGAUGAAGGCUCAGCUCAACUCCCGCCUCAGCCUCCGGACCCCAACGCUGCUGCCCCCUGGCCACACCCGCCUGCAGGACAGAGUGCCGCUGGAGUCUCCUUGGACUUGCCGGAGCCUUGCCCCAGCCAGGGAGGUCCCACCCGUCAGACCCCAGAGAGAGGCCGAAGGUGCACCCUCAGCCAGGACCAGCACUUCCUGCUCCUCGGACCCCCCGAAGGCUCCCGGUGGCCGUCUGCACCUCCAGUCCCGGAGAGAACCUGGCCAGACCUCAGACACUGGGACCCCUUGGGGGCUCUCUUGGGUUCGCGAGGGGGCAGGCCGGGUGCUGGGGGGCUGUGGCCGCAGCAGAGGUCAGAGCUGCCCCUCAGUGGACAAGGCCAGCCGGGGGUCUGGCGGGGGCGCCUGGAGCAUGAGGGAAGAGCAGGUCAAGCAGUGGGCGGCUGAGACGCUGGUGGCCCUGGAGGCGCUGCAUGAGCAGGGCGUGCUGUGCCGGGACCUCAAUCCCCGGAACCUGCUCCUGGACCAAGCAGGUCAUGUCCGGCUCACGUACUUUGGCCAGUGGUCAGAGGUGGAGCCCCAGUGCUGCCGGGAGGCUGUGGACAACCUCUACAGUGCCCCAGAGGUGGGUGGGAUUUCUGAGCUGACGGAAGCCUGUGACUGGUGGAGCUUUGGGUCCCUGCUGUAUGAACUGCUGACUGGAACGGCCCUAUCCCAGAGCCACCCCUCAGGAAUCCAGCCCCACACCCAGCUCCAGCUGCCUGAAUGGCUCAGUCCCCCAGCAGCCUCCCUGCUGACGGAGCUACUGCAGUUCGAUGCCAGCAGGCGCCUGGGAGCUGGAGCGGGCGGUGUCAACAGACUCAAGUCCCACCCCUUUUUCAGUACCAUCCAGUGGAGCAAGCUGGUGGGGUAAGAGAGGGUGGAGCGGGCGAUGGAAGCAGCCGGACUGGUCUGAGUCCCCUCUCUUCUCUUCGCCUGUCAUCCUGUCACUCUGAGCUGACCCUCAUCCUGUCACUUUAACCAGCGGCCUCUGCAAAGAAUGUGGGUCAGCCGCCUUUCCUGCUGGGCUCUGCUCCCUCCUGUGGGCUCAGAAGCCAUCAUCGCCGCUGUCCCUAGGGGGUCUCCCCGCCAGCUCUUGGAGGAACCCUUUCUGGUCACUGCUGAUGGGAAGGGACAGGACAGAGCUCACCCUGCUAGGUGGCUUGGGGCCCUCCAUCCACCCAUCAGUCAACAGAGACCUGUUGAGCGCACACCCUGAGCCUUGAACACAGACCUACCCCGUUAAAGGGUGCCUUCUGUCACAUUCGCUCCGAAGUACUGACCACCUGCUGAGCCAACCUUGAGGUUUUGUGAUUCGCUACCUGCCAUGUUGUGCCCUACUCGGGACAUCUCUGGAGACUUAUCUCAGGAUACUGGUCCACUGGCUUCGUGGACUCAAAUUAGGGCUGCCCUGGCUGAUACCUUAGCCGUGUCAAUAGUGGCCUCUUCUAUCAGACUCCUCCUGCGUGGGGUGGGGAGGCCGGGGACGCAGGGAAGAUGUCUGUAGUGAGCAUGCAGUGAGGUGGGGAACAGGGUGAUCCACUCCCCCUCCUGACCAUGCCCCUGUCUUGCAAUUUCAGACUCUGAAGAGCAAAAGGAAGAGGGGCAUGGGGGAGGAAACAGGGAUUAGGAGGAGAGGAGAGGGCACCUUUGCCAAUUAGAGCAAUUUUAGAAGCAGAAUAAGACCUCCCCUCCCUAGCUAGCCCACUGGGGUGGAAAGGGGAGCCUGCCCCAUAGGUCUGAGAGACCUCAGUUCAGCCUCCAGGCGGAAGCUGCUAAGACAAGCUGGACCCACUAGGAUUCCCUUCUCAGGCAUUGGUCCUGUUUACCAAUUUGCAUUUUAGUCUUGAGGGUCCACUCAAUUCAUUGCCUACUGUGACUUCAUCCCCUUUUGAAAUGAAUAACACAGAGAAUGAUUGCCCAGGCUUCUAGCCAGAAGCAAGAUGUUUGGUCUCUGAAACUGGGAUAAGUAGUUACCCCAAAUACAAUCCCGUCCUCGGGUUUGGGGGCUUUUUCCUCUCAGGGCUCACCCUGUCACUGGGGUGUGGCAACUAAAACUUUCACCAGACCUCUGCCCCCAACCCCUUGCCUUGUGUCUGCUAUACCACCAGGUGGCGGCCUUGACACUCAUCUCCAUUCUGAUUGUGAAGGGGGGGGAACUGGGUUGUGAGGGAGGCUGGAGUGACUUGGGCAGAGGACAUAGGGAAGCACAGCCUGGUAUGGUCCUGGUUUCUCUGGGGCGUGUCCAUACCAUCUUGGCCCCAAUAAAAGCCUGAUGUUGCC